CUAUGGGGUCUCCCACCAGACUCGUGGGGACUAUUUGCUCCUUCUUCUCUCACGAACUCAGGUCCUCCCCAGCUGAAUGCUCGUCAUGAUUUCGCGGAAUCUGGGAGCUGCUGUCCUUUGUGGUAUUCUAGUUCAUCUUGGAUAUUUUCGUCGCAACGAACAUCAUCUUUAUCCUUGGCGAUAUGUGAAAUUUCAUGUCUACCUAAUGGUGGCGAUAGCGAUAUCACUUCUAUACGCCGAAGGUUGGCCGCAAUACAUUCGGCCGGUAAGUAAAAUAUGUGAAGAGACCUGUUUUCUCAUGUUGGCCUACCUCGCUGGCCUUUUCAGCUCUCUGCUCCUCUACCGAACACUCUUCCAUCCUCUCCGUCACAUUCCUGGUCCGCGCUUAGCUAGGAUUGGCUCUUUUUGGUUAUCAUUCCGUCUAAGAGACGGACCGUCUUUCCGCCUUCUCCACAAAUUGCAUGAGGAAUAUGGGCCUGUCCUCAGAGUGGGCCCGUCCGAAGUAUCGAUCACUCACCCUGAAGCCGUCAAUUUAAUUUAUGGGCCGAAUUCGCGCUGUUCAAAGAACGCCUUCUAUGACAAUGGCCACCCCAUGAUGUCACUUCACUCUUAUCGAGACCGAACAGCUCAUGAUCAACGCCGUCGAGUCUGGAGCGCUGGUUUCGGAGACCGGGCUCUGCGAGGCUACGAGAAGCGCAUCCGGGUCUACCGUCAGAAACUAUUUGAGCGACUUGAGGAACAGGCAGGGUCGAACUUGACAAUUAACGUCAGCAAGUGGUUUAAUUUCUACAGCUACGAUAGCAUGGGUGAUCUCGCCUUUGCCCGCAGCUUUGACAUGCUAGACGCAAGCCAAAACCACUGGGCGAUUGAAAUGAUGAUGCACGGGAUGACUGGGUAUAGAUAUCUGUUUCCGAGCUGGUUCUUUCGACUGCUCGCUACCAUGCCCUCGAUGUCAAAAGAUUGGCAUAAAUUCAUCCAGUUUGCGACAGCCACGAUGUUGCAUCGUUUGAGUGAGCAAGUGAAGAUUCCGGACAUUUUCGCUUCCUUGGUUGCUCCUCUGAAUGGCCGAGACCCCACCAACGACGAGCGGAACAUGCUUAUGGGUGAUGCUAUGCUCAUAAUUACGGCUGGAAGCGAUACCACGGCAACUAGCUUGACUAGUAUCGUGUACGAGCUCGCCCGACAUCCCCAGGAGGUCGAACAGUUACGAGCUGAACUGGUGCCAAUUCAAGUUGACAAGACUGGGGAGUACCACCACGACGAUAUAGCGAAGCUGCCCCAUCUUAACGGAUUCAUCAACGAGGCUUUCCGACUGCACCCACCAAUACCUGGUGUCAUUCCACGAAAAACCCCACCAGAGGGACUCCAUGUCAAAGAUAUUCUCAUUCCAGGAAAUAUGACUGUCUACAGUCCGCAAUGGAGCAUGGGUCGAUCCCAAGCCGCGUAUGUCGAUCCACUGUCUUUCAUCCCGGAACGGUGGUACAAGGACACAGAUCUUCUCAAAGUCAAAUCUGCAUUUGCCCCGUUCUCCAUCGGCUCUUACUCAUGCAUCGGAAAGCCGUUAGCCAUGAUGAACAUUCGAACCACUGUUGCACGCCUAAUAAUGACCUUUGACGUGAGAUUCCCACACGGUGAUGAUGGGACCCGGUGGAUGAAUGCAGCGGACGAACACUUUUCCAUGGGAAUAGAUCAGAUGCCUGUUAUAUUAGAGAGACGUCAGUGAGUAUGUAUCUCCGAUGCUUCGAUGAUGACUAUAUGUACAAGCCGUGCUCCAGGUUUGGCUAGUUGUCAGGGGGUAUUGUCUAAUUACAAAUCCAAUGCCGAUAACGCAAUCCACGGCCGAGCUGGCCACCCCAAAACACCAUACAAAAUGUUGAAUAUUGAUGCUUUAUAUUUCAACCACCACGUAUUUACUUUAGUUGGGAUCAUGGGACAUACACC